GUUGAGGAUAAAAUAAGAUAUUUCUAAAGUGCUUUGCAAAUCUUUUAAGUGUUACAUAAAUGUUAUUGUUAUGAUUACUACUGUCUACAUAUCCAACCCCAGCAGCAUUGACUACCUGUUGGACUCCUGCACCUGGAUUUCCCACAUACUUCUCCAGCUCAGUAUGUUUCCUCUUAAACUCAGCCCUCCUCCAGACUUCCUUAUUCCCAUUAAAGGCACCAUCAGCUUCACCAUCUUAAAGGCCUUCUUUCCUCCUGCACUUCCUCUCUGCCCCUCCCCACCUGCACCCCAUAUCCAGGUAGUCUUGUCAAUGGACACUGUCGCAUGCACUCUCUCUCUCUCUCUCUGUCUUUGUCUCUCUCACAUCUUUCCCUCACCCAAAGGCCAGAACUUCUGCAGCAACUUCCUAGUUGGACUCUCAGCUUACGGUCUCUCCCAUAUCCACUCUGUCCUCCAUGGAGUUGCCAGAAUCUUCUUAAAAAGCCAAUCAGACCAUGUUCUGCUGCGCAAGCAGCUUCAGUGCUUCCCUGUUGUCUAUAAGAUAAGGCACAUGUUCCUUGGCUUGCCUUUUACCUCUGACUCCAGCCUACUUUUCCAGACUGGACCUGAGGGCUCACCUUCCUCAUCCUCCUACUUGCAGAGAGUGAGAAGCCCUCUUUAUGAUCCUAGAUUUGGGAGUAUGCUGUUUCCCCAUCUUCUUCAACUACCACAACCCAGGAACUUGCAAGUGAUGACUCCCCUGAGGGACUUUUCUGACACUCUUUGGAACUUUAUUCCCUUUCACUGAUGCUUUGUCCCAGCCACACUGCCCUAUUUGCUCUUUCCCCCACUUGGCACUCCAUCCCCUUUCUCUUGGCCUAUUCUUUUUUUCAUUUUGUAUAUUAUAUCCUCAUUGCCUAACCUAGUACCUUCCAUAUGCUGACAAGCUCAGAUUGGAUAUGUAUGCAUUUGGGUGGGAAAGGCAUCUCUUCACAAGUGAGCAUUGUAAGGAGUGUUCUCUUCUUUCCUGGAAUUUUGCUUUACGGGCCAGGCCCUGGUGAGUGGACUUUACUGUCUUAGAACUAAGUUCUUUGGGAUCAGUUCAUUUCUUUUAUGUUAACAGUGACUCUUUAUGUCUCAGUAGAUAUUCAUUCCAAUUCUAAGAAGUUUCAGGGAAGUAGAAGUCAGACAAGCAUCGAUCUCCACCAGACAGACCCCAGCUGGCCAAAGGAGUGAGUGGGAAGAAGAGUACAGAGGCCAUUCCUUGGGUGAGGAGGAUGACCACAAAAGAGAAAAAAGGAACAGGCCUGGAUCCUUUGGGCCCUAUGUCAGUAAAGGAGGAGGAAGAGGAUGAAGACACUUGGGGUCAGGUCUCAGCCCCUAUCCAGACACUGGAAAUACCCUGGGGGAAAAAAGCAACCCUGAGAAAAGCCCACGUGUCAAGUCUGAUGUCACCCAACAACUAUUCAUCAACUGGAACCUCUCUGCUACCUACUCUGAUGACCAAAUACUGGGACAGAAAUCAUGGGAGUGUGGCCUCUCUGGGUGGUAAGACCAUACCUGGAAGUGAUGAAAUCUCUGAAGAAAAAGGAUCCCAUAUAGUGGCAUCAGGAAGACUCCAGCAAGAUAUUCCCCUGGGAUCUGAGUUUGUAGAAGCUUGUGAAGGGGAACAUGACAGGGAAGUGAGGCAGCUGAUAAUCCCUAUAAGGAAGACAGUAAAUGAAGAGAACCAAGAUUUCCAAAGAAUUAUGGACAAAGAUAAAAAAAGCCCCUCAGGAGAAAAAGGCCAGAACCGUGAAAAACUAGAGGAAAGUUUCAAUCUUGGCUCAAAACUUGCUACACACAAGAGAAUCCAGAAUGCUUAUGCAUGUGAUGAAUGUGGGAAAGCCUUCAGUCAGAGCUCUACCCUUAUUGUACAUCAAAGGGUCCACACUGGGGAGAAACCUUAUGAAUGUCAAGAGUGUGGGAGAGCCUUCACGAGGAGCUCACACCUUAUACGACAUCAUAGAAUCCAUACUGGAGAAAAACCCUACAAAUGUAAUGUGUGUGGGAAAAUGUUUAGUCAGGGCUCAAGCCUUAUUGUCCAUCAGGGAGUCCACACUGGAGAGAAACCCUACGAAUGUCAGGAAUGUGGGAAAACCUUUAGUCGAAGUUCACGCCUCAUUGUCCAUCAGAGAAUCCACACUGGGGAGAAGCCCUAUGAAUGUAAUGAAUGUGGGAAAGCCUUCAGCUGUAGUUCCUAUCUUAUUGUCCAUCAAAGAAUACAUACUGGGGAGAAGCCCUAUCGAUGUAAUGAGUGUGGGAAAGCCUUUGGUCAGAGCUCACAUCUUAUUUUCCAUCAAACAACUCAUGCUCGAAAGAAACACAAGCUAGCUGCACUAGUUAGAGCGCCAUCUUGACAGGUGAGGUUUCAGCUGUGCUAGUUCAGUAAUCAUUUUUGUGCUCUUCCAUUUGCCUAAUAAUGCUAGGUGCUAUGGGAGUGGGAAUUAAGUUGGACAUUGAACAUCACUUGGAUAUAGAUAAAUGGAGAGGAGAGGGAAGGAAAUUCUAGGUGAAGGGAACAGAAAGAGGAAAGGCAGGAAUGAUUUGGGGAGGGGGGGUGGAUGGGGGAAUGGAAUAGGAGGGAUAGAUUAUAAGUAUUGGGUUAUAGUAGUAAAAAUUGACUAGGUAAAUUGGGCCAAAUUAUGGAGGACCUUAAAUUAAGAACUCAGUAAAUUGCCUGGACCUAUCUAUGUAUGAAAUCAGCCAUAUUUAAAAUUGUUUUCAGUUAUCAAAUGUGUUUUGAGCUAUUUUUUCAUGUAUAUGGCCAAAGGGUAGAAGGAGGAGAAAGGAGUCUUUAGGAUAUACUAGAACCCCAAAUCUUACAAAAUAUGUAGAUUUUUCCCCCCUCGAUGGGAAAGAUUCUUACCCUUCUAGACCUUCAUGAAAGAGAUUGGGAGAUCUCCAGGGAAAUGAAGAGAGACUCUAAAAGGUAAUUUACCUCCAGAAACUAGAGAAUAAGGGUUCUCUAAUUCACAUUUUAAAAUGGUAUUAAGAAGCAGUGUCAUAAGUGGAAAGAGCACUGGUCUUAACAGAGAAAUUUGGCUUCAAAUCCCAGACUUGGUUGAGCCACUGACCUCUUUGGACCAGGUUUCCACAUCUCUAAAAUGAGGUGGUUGAAUAAGAUGAUCUCUUAAGUUCUCUUCCAGGUCACUGAGCCCAACCCCUUCAUUUUACAUGAUGGAAUAAAUGAAUCUAAGAUAGUUUAAAUGUUUCGACAUACGUGGUAAAUAGCAGCACCAGGAGUUACUCCAAAUCCAAGAGUGAGCCAAAACAUAGUAUACACCUUGACUGUCAUCGGUGAAAAUAUUUAAGCAGCUAAACUAGGAUUGAGCAUGACUAAUCCUGACCCUGAGAAGAGAGGAUGAAACACUUCCCUCUGGUAUGGAACUAUGGGAGUGAAAGGUUGAAGAGGUGAACCUGGGACUGAAUUUUGCUCAAGUGGCUUUCUUUGUUUCUUGGGAUUCUAUGGGGGAGGUGUGGACUAUAUCAAAAAUGACUGGUGUAUAUUCGCAGUCAUAGAAUAAGCAAACAGCCCACCUCUCAACAGUUUGUUUUUCUCAUUUGCUGAGGAAUGGGAUAACAUUUUACCUUAGAUUUUCACCCUGACUCUUAGAGAAAAAACCACCUUGCGCUGUAGUUUAGUGUACUGGAAAGAGCACUGGAUUUGGAGUCAGAGGACCUAGAUUCUGCUGCUUGCUGCCUAUAACUUUAGGCAAGUCACUUAAUUCCUCAGACUGAGAUUCUUUACAUGUAAAAUUAGAGGAUUCCACUGGACAAUAUCUCAUGGUCUUUUCAGCUUUUAACAUUCUAUGGUUCAGAUAGAGACAAUUACAAAAUAGUUACUACUGAUCAUGUGAAACUGAAAGGCUUUUCCACACAAAAAAGAAAAAUGCAUGUAGCAUGAGGGAGACAGCUGUCUGGGGAAAAAUUUCUAUAUACUAUCCCUGUAAAGAGUUUGAUUUCUAAGAUAUGUAGACAACUAAGAAAUAAAUGAUCAAAAAGCUGUUCCCAAAUAGAAAAGGGGUCAAAGGAUAGGAACUAAUAUUUCCCAAUGCAAUAGUGAGCCAGAAAUGAUCAUAUGGAAGAAGGCUUCAGAUGACUAAGAAGAAAAAUGCAAAUCAAAACCCUGAGGUUUCACCUCCCAUCCAGUAAAUCAGUGAAGAUGACUCAAAUAGUCCGUGUUGGAGGUAUUAUGGGAAGAGAGGCAUGCUAGUGCAUUGUUGAUGGAGCUGUGAGUCAGUACAACCACUCUGGAAAGCAAUUCAGAAUUUGACUCUUUUUGAACUAGAUACACCACUGCUAGGCAUAUAUCUCACAGAGGUCAAUGACAAAAAAAGAAAGGUUCCACAUACACCAAUAAUUUAUAUCAACCUAUGUUAUGACUGCAAAUAAGUAUAAACAAAGAAGGUUCCCACCAAUUGCAGUCUGGCUGGACAUGCUAUGGUCCCUGGAUGCAGUGGAAUAUUACUGUGCUAAGAAAUCGACAUGAUAAGUACAGAGAGGCAUGGAAACACAACAGGAACUGAUGCAGAGUCAAAUAAGCAGAACCAGGAAAACUACACAAUGACCAACAACCCCCCAAAACAAUGUUGUCAGAUUACAAGAGAACAAGUUUGGAUCCAAAGAGAUGUGAGAAGAUAGAUCCUAUUCCUUUGUAGAAGUCAAGGUCCACAGAUGUAGAAUGGUUAUGCCAAAUUUUUUCCUCCCCUUUUUUAUAAAAAAUCUUGUAUAGGUUGAUUUUAGGAGUGAGGAGGGACAGAAUCACAGGGGGCCAUCUAGGCAAUAUAAAAAUGUCAAUAAAAAUGUUUUUAAAAUUCUGUGAUCAUAAUUAGAAUUUGGUGUGUCAGUUAAGGUAAUGUUCACUCCAAUUGCAAAAUUUUGAAACUACUGCCUAAACAAGUUAUUGUAUAACAUUUAAAAUCUACCAAAAUUGUGUUUGAAAAUCUA